CAGUUGCGGACAUAACGGACUAACUGCCCAAUCAGGCAACGUUUAUGUUUAUGUUUUUAACCUUCGUGAUCGAAUUGAAGGAAAAUGAUGUCUUGUUUGUCAGUUCGUUUCUCUUUAGAAUGUAAAGGAAUUCUGCGUUCGUUUCCAAAUUACGCCCUUAGAAACAUUUCCCCCAAAAAACCGUGGAAUGGAACAGUUUACUCUACAAGCAAAUUCGUACUCAGUGACAAACAGCAAAAUCAGCAACAGCUUGCUAAACCAAAACUUGCCGAACGGCUUGUGGAUGGCUGCCCUAAACCGAUGCAACCGUAUCUCAGAUUGAUGAGAAUAGAUCGUCCUAUAGGAACAUGGUUACUUUUUUGGCCUUGUAGUUGGAGUGUAGCAUUAGCUGCAGCACCAGGAUGUCUCCCUGAUUUUGGCAUGCUAAGUCUUAUGCUGGCUGGAUCAUUCGUGAUGAGGGGUGCAGGUUGCACAAUAAACGACAUGUGGGACCAAAAAAUAGAUCGUAAGGUUGAACGAACAAAAAACAGACCAUUAGCCAGCAAUCAAAUCACCCCUUUUAAUGCAUUAAUUUUUUUGGGUGCCCAGCUCAGUGUGGGACUUGCCAUUCUUUUACAGUUAAAUUGGUACACAAUUCUUUUGGGAGCAAGUUCGUUGGGUCUGGUUAUAUCAUACCCUCUUAUGAAACGAAUAACAUAUUGGCCUCAAUUUAUACUCGGCUUGACCUUUAACUGGGGUGCAUUAGUCGGAUAUUCUGCUGUACAAGGUCACUGUGACUGGAGUAUAUGUUUGCCCCUCUAUGCCGCUGGAGUAGCUUGGACAUUGGUGUAUGACACCAUCUACGCCCAUCAAGUAGAAUUUCAUUUAACUUAUGAAUUUAUCAUUUGUGGUUUAAAAGAAGAUUUGAAAUCUAGGAUAAACAUGACGAUGUUAUCGUAG